AUGGGUUCUCUAUUAAUAGAUAUAGGUUAAUGUGGAAACUAAAUCGGAUUAUAACUAAUUGACUAUUUCGAAAGUACUUCACAUAAUUAUGAAGACACUUAUUUGAAGAAUUCAGAUUAAAAUACUUUUCAUUCAAUUCAUAUUGACACAGAACCUAAGAUUAUAAAGCCUUUAAUAGAAAAUAGAAAAAAAUAUUAUAAUAUCGAUCCUAAAAAUGUACUCUUUUUUCAACAUGGAAGAGGAAAUAACUGGAGCUUAGGGUAUAUGGAUGAAUAAAAACUAUAAAACUAAGUAAAAAAGAAUAAUAAACCUUUAACAUUUAAUAAAUUCACUGAAAGUUAGCCAUAUCAAUUAAGCUAAAAUACUGCAUCAUUAAACAAUAAUUCAGAUUUGUUGCAAAUAGGUCUAAAAGGAAAUAACCAAGAAAUAAUUCCUUCUUAGUAAAUGCUUAAGGAAAAUACUUAAAUUUUAGAAAAUUUAAUUGAUAUCAUGAGAAAGGAAAUUGAAAAAAUCGAUUAUUGCAUGGGAAUACAUAUGAUUAGUAGUUUAGGCGGAGGAACAGGAAGUGGACUUGGAAGUCGAUUGAUUGAAGAAUUUAGAGAUUUAUUUUCUGAUAUUUAAAUAAUAAAUACAGUUGUUUUCCCUCAUAAAUCAGGUGAAACAACUUUACAGCAUUAUAAUUGUGCUUUGUCUCUUGCACACCUAUAAAAAUAUUCAGAUUGCAUUAUUUAUUUCUAAAACGAUAAAGUCAACUCCUAUCUUAAUCUUGCAAGAAGUUCUUCUGUUGAAAAGGCUAUAGAUUUAACUAACAUAAACUAAUAUAUUGCUUCUAAUUUAUUUAACUUACUUAAGCUGAACGAUUAUUCUAAUUUUGAUAGAUUUUAUUUUGAUAUUUUACUGGAUGCAGCACCUAUGGAUGAUUUUAAAUUUGUAGAAGUAUUUUCGACUCCUUACUAUUUCAAUAAGACAUUAAGUACAGGACCUGAUUGCCAUUGGGAAAAAGUUAUUGACAGCGUUUUGAGCUAAGUAAAUAUAGAAGAUAACUUUAUUACUUAGAAUAUUUCGACAAAGGAGUCAGAAGUAAAUGAAAUAGAGAAUUUGUUAAAAGGAAAUAAAGAACAAAUCAAAGAUGUAUCGCUGUCUGUUCAGACAAUUUUUAGAAGUUUUGAUGUAACCAAAUCAAUCAAGGGUAAUGAGUCUGCUUUAAAAUCAAUAGACAAAAAAAUGCAUUAAACAUUUAACCCUGUCAAAUGGAAUCCUGAUUGCUUUAACUAUGAAUUUAUUGAAUAUAAGCUCAAAGAUUCUUGUGAUAAUAAAAUGAUGCUAACAGUAGCCAAUAGAUCAACAAUUGCAAAUGUUAUUUAAAAUAUAAAUGAAACUGCUUAUUCUAAAUUUAAAGCAAGUGCUUAUCUUCACUCAUAUUAUUAAUAUGGAAUGGAAAAGGCUGAUUUUGAAGAAGCAUUACUUACUCUCGAUAAUAUAUAUGAUAAUUACUCUAACUUAAAAUGA